AUGUCUUCUCAGACCGCCAACAAUUACCAGACAACGCAGAACAACACCAACCUAUCCCCCGACGGACCUCUUGAGAAGGAUUACGGUAACGGCUACCACCUCGACAACAACAUGGACGCCGAUACCGCUCUGAGGAAGAUUCAGACUUCUGGAAGCAUCUCCAUCUCACCGGAGUUGUUCGAGAAGAUCUAUCUUUCUCCCCAGAACAAGGUUGCUGGUGACCUUCGCAAGACCUUUGGUARCCCCACACCAUUGGCCCUCGUUGGUUUCUUGCUCUGCCUCUCCCCCCUCUCGUGUAUCUUGAUGGGAUUCCGAGGUGCAGGACCCAUUGGAAACGGAUCUUCUGGCAUUGGCUCUUACUUCUUCUUCGGUGGUCUUUUGAUGAUUUUGGGCGCUCUUGGAGAGUUCAUCCUCGGAAACACGUUCCCAUUCAUCGUCUUCGCCUCCUUUGGUGCUUUCUGGCUCACGUUCGCUGCCACUCUCCAGCCCUUCUAUUCGGCGUUCGAGAACUACAUUGGCACUUCGGUGGGCGGCUCAGCCACUGAAAUGAGCAAGACUGGGUUGGACUCCCGUCCAUUCAACGCCUCCUUCGCAUUCUUCCUCGUCUUCAUGGCCGUGUUGUGCUUCCUCUACAUGAUCCUCGCCCUCCGAACCAACUUGGUCUUCUUCCUGAUCUUCCUCUUCCUCGUUCCAGCCUUUGGUCUCCUCGCAAACGCCUUCUUCAUGCAAGCAGACAACUACGCUACUACCACGGCCGCUGUCGCUACACAGCUUCAAGCUGCUGGUGCAUGUGCUUUUGUGGUCAGCAUGCUGGGAUGGUAMAUCUGGUUUGCGAUCAUGUUGGCUUCUCUGGACUUCCCCUUCCAGCUCCCAGUUGUCGACUUGUCGCGAUUCGUCAAGGGUGCUUCCGAGAAGGCGAAGCAUGGAGCGCACGAGGCUUGA